AUGUCUUUGAGAGGGCCACUACGUCGUCUUCUGCGGACGCAACUCAACAAUACCUGUCAGAGCAGAGCUCGUUCUGUGGUUGUUUUAGGAGCCCCAUUUUCAAAAGGACAGGUAAGGAAAAAGCGAAUAUCCUAAUAGAAGCCAUUCGUUUAAUAUGGCUAUUUGAUUAGGGUAUUUCGUUUACCAGAAUGAUUGAACUUGACUGGUUUUCUUUUAGAAAAGGAGAGGGGUGGAACAUGGACCCAAAGCCAUCAGGGAUGCCGGUCUGAUCGAGAGACUUUCAAAUCUGGGUAAGUGAUGUAAAAUCUUAUUCAUGUGUUAGAACAAACUGCUAAAUGUACCGUUGGACUAAAAUACUAAUUCUAACCCUAAAAUAGGUUAAUGAUUCAUGCAAGAGCUGCUUCCCAAAGUCCUUCAGUUCUCGGAAGUAAAGCAUUGGGCUAUAGGCUAUGUGUUACAUCAGUCUUUAACAUAAAUGGCUAUUAUCUAAUUUUGUCAAACAAAGAAAACAACCACAGGGAUUGUUCAGACCUUGAAUGCUGGCGAUCAACAUUGAAUUUUUAAUCUAAAAGGAUUAAGUUCUUGUCAUUUAAAACGUUAAAAUAACGGUUUUAUUGAGUCACAAGUGCGAGAAAGAAUGGGCAAGUCUGCUGUCGUCACUGAACAGUCAGUUACGCAAUCAACCAAUCCCGAAAAGCAAGUUCUCUCCUCCCAUUGUAGCCUUCCCUUUGUCCACCACUGCCUAUUUGUUUCCGACUAUGGACCAAUCUGAGCAAGUAGGCACACAAAUUUCGUCAGACAAGAUGCUGCCACUUCUAAACCAAUUGUGUUUAUGAUCAGGUCUUACAUAACAUAUAAUGGUCAGAUCCUAAUUGUGAGAAGAGAAACCCAUCAGCAUAGGCUAGGAAUCCCCCAUUGAACGUCUAUUUAUCAGCAAAACAGGCCAUGUCAAAGCAUCAGUUAGCUGGUUAAUCUAGAAACAUUGUUAAUGUGGGAGGCAACCAUGUCUGCCUAGGGAGACUAUGGACCGGUCUGAGCAAAGAUGCACAUUCAUUUCGUCAGACAAGAUGGUUCCACUUCUAAACCAAUGGAUUAUUAUCAGGUCAUAAAUAAUGAGGACUGGGAUGUCCCAGAGAAUGGCUAUUUCUCAGACACACACAAUCUCAUAAUAAAGCAUUCACUUCAAAUUAAGAUACAUGUUGAGCUAUAUGUUCUCAAUUUAAAAUGAUAUCAAUAGACAAUGUAUAGGAGGCAAAUCAUAUACCAGAUUGGGUAUACCAGGGAUGUAGCUCAGUUGAUAGAGCAUGGCGUUUGCAACGCCAGGGUUGUGGGUUUGAUUCCCACAGGGGGUAUGAAAAAAAAAAAAAUUAUGCACUAACUGUAAGUCGCUCUGGAUAAGAGCGUCUGCUAAAUGACUAAAAUGUAAUGUAAAUGUAAUUCAGUUCUGGAAUGUGCAAGUCAUGUUCCAGUCAUCUUAGCCCGGCUCGUGUCCCUGUAAUCUUAGUCCGGUUUGUGUCCCUGUAAUCUUAGUCCAGCUCAUGUCACUGUAAUCUUAGCCUGGCUCAUGUCACUGUAAUCCUAGCCCGGCUCAUGUCUCUGUAAUCUUAGCCCCUGCUCGUGUCCCUGUAAUCUUAGUCCGGCUUGUGUCCCUGUAAUCUUAGUCCGGUUUGUGUCCCUGUAAUCUUAGUCCAGCUCAUGUCACUGUAAUCUUAGUCCGGCUCGUGUCACUGUAAUCCUAGCCCGGCUCAUGUCACUGUAAUCUUAGCCCGGCUCGUGUCACUGUAAUCCUAGCCCGGCUCAUGUCACUGUAAUCUUAGCCCGGCUCAUGUCACUGUAAUCUUAGUCCAGCUCAUGUCACUGUAAUCUUAGCCUGGCUCAUGUCACUGUAAUCUUAGUCCAGCUCAUGUCACUGUAAUCUUAGUCCAGCUCAUGUCACUGUAAUCCUAGCCCGGCUCAUGUCACUGUAAUCUUAGCCCGGCUCGUGUCACUGUAAUCUUAGCCCGGCUCGUGUCACUGUAAUCCUAGCCCGGCUCGUGUCACUGUAAUCUUAGCCCGGCUCGUGUCACUGUAAUCUUAGCCCGGCUCGUGUCACUGUAAUCUUAGCCCGGCUCGUGUCACUGUAAUCCUAGCCCGGCUCAUGUCACUGUAAUCUUAGCCCGGCUCGUGUCACUGUAAUCCUAGCCCGGCUCGUGUCACUGUAAUCUUAGCCCGGCUCGUGUCACUGUAAUCUUAGCCCGGCUCGUGUCACUGUAAUCUUAGCCCGGCUCGUGUCACUGUAAUCUUAGCCCGGCUCGUGUCACUGUAAUCUUAGCCCGGCUCGUGUCACUGUAAUCUUAGCCCGGCUCAUGUCACUGUAAUCUUAGCCCGGCUCGUGUCACUGUAAUCUUAGCCCGGCUCAUGUCACUGUAAUCUUAGCCCGGCUCGUGUCACUGUAAUCUUAGCCCGGCUCAUGUCACUGUAAUCUUAGCCCGGCUCGUGUCACUGUAAUCUUAGCCCGGCUCAUGUCACUGUAAUCCUAGCCCGGCCCGUGUCACUGUAAUCUUAGCCCGGCUCGUGUCACUGUAAUCUUAGCCCGGCUCAUGUCACUGUAAUCUUAGCCCGGCUCGUGUCACUGUAAUCUUAGUCCAGCUCAUGCACUGUAAUCGUAGUCACGCCUCAUGUCACUGUAAUCUUAGCCUGCUCAUGUCACUGUAAUCUUAGUCCAGCUGUGUCAUGUAAAUCCCAUAGUCUAAUUCUAUAGAGAGCUUGGGGCUCAACUGCUUUGGACAUCUCCUGCUGGGCCCAAGCAUGCACAUAUGGUGCUAUUUUAGUUGUCUGUAAAAGUGGACUUCAAACUGCUAAAAUGGGCAGUUUAUUAAAAAACGAAAGUAUGGAAAGUAAAUAGCCUAACUUUCGCUGAUGCCAAUUUGGCAACAGGGAGACUAGAAAUGGUAUCCUCUUUUAUAGCUGAGAUGAUCAGACAUUGUGCACUUGCCAAGAGGGGAACUCUAUCCCUAUCAACUGCAUUAAAUAUCACUGACAUUGCGUCAAGUUAAAAAAUAUUAGAUCAUGAUUACAUGAACAGAGAGGCAGUGUGUUGAGCUAUUCCUGUCCAGGGGUCUAAGACGAUAACAUGGGGGUGUCUUCCAUCAUGGAGGGCAAUUCCAGUCCCCAGGGGCCUGAUUGGUUGUCACACUUUAGCCCCAGCCCCAGCUAACUCACCUGACUCCAAUAAUCAAAUAAUCACGAUCUUCAGUUUAGAAUGCAAUUAGUUUAAUCAGCUGCGUUGGCUAGGGAUGGUGAAAAAGGUGUGACACCACUCUGGCCCCCGAGGACUGGAGUUGCCCGUCCCUGCCUUAGAUGGUAACGGGGUACCACAUUGGUCCCCUCCCGACCAGCAGAGUAACACUACACCCCUAUCAAGUGGAACAUCGUCGCCUAUAAAUGGCGUCUCAAAUUUCUUGUUUAAUUAACAGCAGUGUGGGUGGACCCUACUUUCUGGAGAAAUUCCUCUGUUUACUGUGCCGUUGCCGUGGUAGCAAGGGGUGAUCUGGUCGGGGAGAAACCUGAGAGGACACACAUGGAAAGUAGUGCCCAGUCAGACAGACAGCGGUUCCAGCGCUUGAACGACUCCGCCUCGUCAAUCAGAGAUGAUAGGAGAGGGGUGUGUGAAGAGAACCAGGGUAGAGGGGGUUGGACAUCAGAGAUGAUAGGAGAGGGGUGUGUGAAGAGAACCAGGGUAGAGGGGGUUGGACACCAGAGAUGAUAGGAGAGGGGUGUGUGAAGAGAACCAGGGUAGAGGGGGGGUUGGACAUCAGAGAUGAUAGGAGAGGGGUGUGUGAAGAGAACCAGGGUAGAGGGGGUUGGACAUCAGAGAUGAUAGGAGAGGGUUGUGAAGAGAACCAGGGUAGAGUGGGUUGGACAUCAAGAGAUGAUAGGAAGGGGUGUGUGAAGAGAACCAGGGUAGAGGGGGGUUGGACAUCAGAGAUGAUAGGAGGAGGGGGUGUGUGAAGAGAACCAGGGUAGAGUGGGUUGGACAUCAAGAUGAUAGGAGAGGGUGUGUGAAAGAACCAGGUGUAGAGGGGGUUGGACAUCAUAGUGAUAGGAGAGGGGUGUGUGAAGAGAACCAGGGUAGAGGGGGUGGACACCAGAGAUGAUAGGAGAGGGGGUGUUGAAGAGAACCAGGGGUAGAGGGGGGUUGGACAUCAGAGAUGAUAGGAGAGGGGUGUGUGAAGAGAACCAGGGUAGAGGGGUUGGACAUCAAGAUGAUAGGAGAGGGGGUGUGUGAGAGAACCAGGGUAGAGGGGGUUGGACAUCAGAGAUGAUAGGAGAGGGGUGUGUGAAGAGAACCAGGGGUAGAGGGGUUGGACAUCAGAGAUGAUAGGAGAGGGGUGUGUGAAGAGAACCAGGGGUAGAGGGGGUUGGACAUCAGAGAUGAUAGGAGAGGGGUGUGUGAAGAGAACCAGGGUAGAGGGGGUUGGACAUCAGAGAUGAUAGGAGAGGGGUGUGUGAAGAGAACCAGGGUAGAGGGGGGUUGGACAUCAGAGAUGAUAGGAGAGGGGUGUGUGAAGAGAACCAGGGUAGAGGGGGUUGGACAUCAAGAUGAUAGGAGAGGGUGUGUAAGAGAACCAGGUAGAGGGGUUGGACAUCAGGAUGAUAGAGAGGGUGUUGAAGAGAACCAGGGUAGAGGGGGUUGGACAUCAGAGAUGAUAGGAGAGGGGUGUGUGAAGAGAACCAGGGUAGAGGGGGUUGGACAUCAGAGAUGAUAGGAGAGGGGUGUGUGAAGAGAACAGGUAGAGUGGGUUUGGACAUCAGAGAUGAUAGAGAGGGUGUGUGAAGAGAACCAGGGUAGAGGGGGUUGGACAUCAGAGAUGAUAGGAGAGGGGUGUGUGAAAGAACCAGGGUAGAGGGGGUGGACAUCAGAGAUGAUAGAGAGGGUGUGUGAAGAGAACCAGGUAGAGGGGUUGGACACAGAAUGAUAGGAGAGGGGUUGUGAGAGACCGGUAGAGAGGGUUGGACACAGAGAUGAUAGAAGGUGUUUGAAGAGAACCAGGGUAGAGAGGGUUGGACACCAGAGAUGAUAGGAGAGGGGUGUGUGAAGAGAACCAGGUAGAGGGGUUGACACAAGAUGAUAGGAGAGGGGUGAAGAACCAGGGUAGAGAGGGUUGGACCUCAAGAUGAUAGGAGAGGGUUGUGAGGGAACCAGGGUAGAGGGUUUGGACAUCAGAAUGAUAGGGAGGGUGUGUGACCGUGGAGGGGACAUCAGAGAGAUCAGAGAGGGUUUAAGAACCAGUAGAGAGUUGGACAUCAGAGAUGAUAGGAGAGCCAGGGCAGAUGCAUCUAACAUACCUUUUAUUCCUCUGCAGAUUACCCAUGCAUGACUGGGAGACCUGA